AUGAAAAAGGAAAAUCAAGUUGUUAUUGAAUAUGUAAUUUCUGAAUUAAGAGAUUCUUGGCCAUCUGUGGGUUCUGGGUUUGAAUGUAUUUUAUCUGAUCUUUGUUCUGAGAAUUCUGAGGGCAAUAUUAUUUUUCUUGGUUUUGUGUCUUCUAGUAUUUUUCUUGGCUUUGAAAGUUCUGAGUCUGUUGGUACUUUGCCUGGCUCUGAGAGUUCUGGUCUAUUGAGUUCUGGUUCUAGCUUUUUACCUAGUUCUAAAAGUUCUGAGUUCAAUGUUGCUGCUCCUGCCUUUGAUCAUGAAAAUAUUAAUAAAAAUGCAGUGCAACAUGCUGUUGAUGCAUACUCAAAACAACAUAGUUUUGCAGCUAUUAAGCUCUAUAAAGACCUUGACCUGGUAGAUAAAUCUAUCAUUCGACAUUGUGAUUAUA